AUGAUCGCCGAUGACCUCAGUACGACCCCAGAUGAUUUUGAUGAAUUCGGAUGGUUUCUUAUAUUGCUGCAACAGAUAAACAAACCCACAGGCUCCGUGUAUGAGGCGGACCGACGGAUAAGACCGCUGUCCUUUAUCGAACGGCGGCGCGCUGCCUCAAGAGUGACGGAGCUCGCAACUGAUUCGCCGGAAAGAGUUGAAAACCCUCUAGGACUGACCUUACUUCAUGAGCCCUUAGCGCCUCAUAUCGAUCUUAUAUUUGUUCAUGGAAUCGGCGGCGGCUCCCAGAAGACUUGGAAUAUCUCAAAUGCAGCCGCGAGCUACUGGCCGAAAGAAUGGCUUCCGCACGAAGAAGGCUUCGAACAUGCCCGAAUAUAUACCUACGGGUACGACUCUAGGUGGGCCGGUAAGGGUCACUCAGUCAAUAUCCAUGAUUUCGGGCGUGCCUUAUUAGCGGAUAUUUGCGAUUACUCGCAUGUACAAAAGACUGUUGACGCCUACCUACUUGCCAGAGAUGACCCAACUUGCGAGGCUGUAUUAAAACGCAUACGCGGUAUGAUUUUUCUUGGUACGCCGCACCGUGGCGCCGAUUCCGUGCAUCUUCUCAAAAGCUUGUUAUACUUGCCUGGAAUGCAUGGCUCGAAAGCCUUUGUGGACGAGCUAGUUCCGAAUUCAGCAAUGUUGCAGGAUAUAAAUGAUGCUUUUAGGCAUACAUAUCAGGGGAUUUACAUUCGAUCGUACUUCGAAAGGAUUGAAACGGAUCUUGGAUUCUCCCGUCAAAUCAUAGUUGAAAGAGACUCUGCAAUUAUGGGCCUCCCAUCCGAACAAGUGAGACAUCUCGAUACUGACCAUCGCCAUCUGGCGAAAUUCACCAAACAAUCUGACGCCAACUACAAAACGCUUUGCCGUGGUUUGCUAGCUGCCAUGGCCACCAUUGAAAAGAAUCAUACUCCUAUACCAUUUCGCGAUAAUUUGAAAGCGGAGUUGAAGAUAGUAGCCGAAUAUCUCUCCGACACAUUUCAACAAGAUAAUGAGUUAGCCAAAAUUACUGAAAACAAAACGGAAGGUUCUUGCGAAUGGCUAAUAAAUAGAACUACAUUUCGUGACUGGUUUGCCAUUUCUGAUGCCGGCGACCAUAACAGAUCAUCUGAGAUGUCCAACAGCCUGAUGACUCCAAAGCUAUUCUGGCUUAGCGGCAAACCGGGGACAGGGAAAACUAUCGUCUCGGGGCAUGUCGCCCAGUAUAUCAAGAGUAAGAAAUUGGGGUGCAGUGUUUAUUUCUUCAAACGUGGCAACAGGACAAAAUCCUCAGUUUGCCACCUAUUGCGGUCUUUCGCUUUCCAAAUGGCAUGUUCCGACUCAAAUAUCCGCCAGUUACUUUUAAGGAUGGCGAGCGACGGUGAAGAUUUUGACAGCAAUGACCCUAACUCUAUAUGGCGUGCUCUGUACCUGUCCCGAAUCCUACGUACGAACUUCCAGCAGCCACAUUAUUGGGUUAUAGACGCCUUGGACGAAUGUGAUGACUACGCCGCCUUAAUCCGCCUGCUAUCAAACGUUGGCCAGUUGUCGCCAUUGCGAGUUUUCGCCACUAAUCGCUCCGUGCCGGAAACCGAAAACGAAUUAACCGUACCGGUGUUUGCAGAGCAGAUGAGUCUCAAAGAUUCCCUAGAGGAUAUCGAACGCUUUUUGAGGGCCCGGAUGCACUUCCUUCAAAGUGAAUCAAACUUUGAGGGCCUCCUCACACAGAUUGUGUCGAAAUCGAACGGCUGCUUCCUAUGGGCCGCGCUGGUUCUGACCCAACUACAACGGGCACGUCGAUUAAGCACGAUACAAAGUAGUAUCGACCUUGUACCAGUUGGAAUGAACGAUCUGUACAAACAAAUAUUGGACAACCUAGCCAACACGCUGUCGAGCGAUGUUGUUGACAAAAUGCUGGCAAAAGCUAUAUUUAGGUGGAGUCUCUGUACUAUUAGGCCGCUUACUCUGGACGAAUUUAAGGAUGGACUCUAUUUCGAUGUCCUCGAAACUCCGCGUCCCUUGAGAACUGGAAUCGAGUCAUACUCCGGGCAUUUAAUUUACUUGGAUGAUGAUUCCCGAAUCCAACCUGUACACCAAACAGUGGGCGCAUUUCUAACGAAUAACUGUCCGGUAUCAGAUUUUGCGAUGGAAAAAAAGAAAGAACAUGCUCGGAUCGCGGAAGUUUGCCUAAGUUUCCUUUCAGGAAAGGAAUUCUAUGAGCCUCAGACACGUCAAGAAGACACCCCAGGUUUACCAACCUACCUUUCACCUUUCGCUAAGUACGCUAUUGCUCAUUUUUCUGACCAUAUAUUCAAAUCCUCUUCUCAGAUAGACUCUCUCCUGGUUUUGUUAAGCGAUUUCCUCGAGUCGCCUAAUGUUUUGGCAUGGAUUGAGGGCCUCGCGCAAGCGGGAAACAUCACCCUUCUGGCUCACACUGCAAAAAAUCUGAAGUCAUUCCUAGCUCGCCGUGCAAAGUACUUGCCACCGCUAGGUAGGGAAGUGCAAAUAGUGGAGGCUUGGAUACAUGAUCUCAUCCAUAUCGGCGCCCUAUUCGCUCACAACCUUGUUGCAGUACCAAAAUCGGUUCACUUUCUGGUCCCACCACUUUGCCCGCGUAAUUCGGCCAUUUAUAGCCAGUUUGGGGACCAUCCUGGUUGCCUUAAAGCUGUGGGCAUCAUUGAAAAUAAUUGGGACGAUCGCCUAACCAGCUUCAGCUACGCGGACGAAGAAACUAUGUCAGUUGCCUGUGGUACCGAAUAUUUUGCAGUUGGACUAUCAGACGGCACGAUAGUUAUGUACCGGAGUACAACAUGCAAAUAUAUCAGAACCCUGAAACAUCCCGGGGCCGUGGGAAAACUCUCCUUCGCAAACUUGAAUCCUUUAUUAGCAUCUUGCUCGACAAACAAGCUUGUUCUCUGGAAUACGCAUAAGGGAGACCGACUUUGGACCUUUGACAGGGGUGCCCAUCUGGUUCCUAUGGCCCUCGGCUUCAACCAUGACGAUUCUACGAUUUCGCUUGCCACCCGAAACGGUGUCUCCGUUUUUCAAGCCUCGGAUGGAAAAAUAACGAAUAGCAUCAGCUAUUCUACUUCAGGUAGAGACAAUGCAGAUGUGGAAAAGACUUCUUCUGCCUGGUUCUCGCCCAGUUUAGAUAUUGUCGCCAUAGCUUCGCGCAAUAGGCCCAUGACCAUUUUGAAUAUGGUCUAUCGAACUCGAGAGAAAAUAUUAAAAGAGGGUUAUGAAAAGGUGUACGAUUCCCCUCAUGUCAAUGCUGUUGCUUUCCAUCCAAACUCGCAAGCAGGCCUAGUGGCUGUUGCGUACAACGAUGGUGAUCUAGUGGUGCAUAAAUUUUUGGCGAAAAGAGAAGCUGAAAAAUUUCCACUUCUCUGCCAAACUCUAGCUGUCUCUCCCGAUGGACGAACCCUAGCGACCGGUGAUUCAUACGGAACCAUACAUCUAUUUAAUUUCGAGACGUUGAGGCUUUCUUAUCGUAUCACAUCGGAUAGCCAUAAUAUCCAGGCGAUAGCCUUCAAUUCGAGUGGCCUUCGCUUUUUUGAUAUUAGAGCCAACCGAUGCAAUGUGUGGGAGCCGUCGAUAUUGGUUGUCAGAGAGACUUCGGACGAUACGUCCACUGAGCCUUGUAGCGAAGAAAUGCUUCCGCCCAUGCAGCACAAGAAUGCUAGACACCUAGAUGACGAUCGCUUUAUUUCAGCAAUUACCGGCCAUCAAGAAGAUGAAUACCUAUUUUGCGGACGCUUUGAUGGUUCGAUUGCAGUCUAUGAAACAGAAACUGGAAAUCUUGUUCAUGAGCUUUGCAAACAUAUGCGUUUCAUCAGAGUUCAUUUGCUCGAUUGGAAUGCGGAUGCUUCUCUCCUGACCAGCGCAGAUGUUUCAUGUCGAUUCAUUUGUAGGGGGGUUGCACGGAAACCAGGGGAAGAAUGGAGUGUUGGAAAUACACUGCUGGAUAAACGCACGAGCAGUGAUAUUAAGCAGAUUUUGACUAAUCAGCGCGGGGACCGCCUCCUUGUGUCGACUGCCUUGACAGAUGUUGUCUACACUAUUGACGCUUAUUCUCUAGAAAUCAAUCGGAUCGCACAACAGGACGAACGCCAGUGGAUUAAACAUCCAACAAAUGCUGACCACCUAGUUUUGAUUAAGGGCGGGAAAGCUUUUAUCUACGAUUGGGCGCAAUUUACUAUGGUCAGCGGAGAGGAUGGCAUCCACUUAGAGUCGCUGUCAAGGACUGAUCACUUCGUGUCCCAAAUAGUAUGCAACAACGAAGCAAACAAAGUUGGGGCUUUUUACCUAGCGGAGUACAAUGAGCGCGAUUAUGCUAGUGAGCUAGAGCUAUGGGAUGCGGCCAACAUCACGCCUGAUGCCACGCGGGCACCAUCGGAGGCUCAGUAUAAGCUUUUUCCCCAUGGUAUCAAGGCGAUCCUUGGGGAAUAUAUGACAUUUCUCCUCUUUCUCGACUCGGAGAGUUGGGUCUGCUCCGUUGACCUUGAAAGCACAGAAAGAAAAGACAAGUUUGCUGCCGCCAUUUUUUUAUUCCUUUCACCUGGCACCAAAACAGACACUCCAUGUAUUACGUUACCUCCAGUGGAAGCGUCGCUAUUGUGGUUGGGGAAAAUAUUGUUAUUUUCCACCAGGGACUACGGUUUCAAGUACCUGUCCCUCUUUUAG